AUGCUGAAACGAAUUCUCGUGAGGAAAAUUCUCCCGAUAAUAGCACGAUGUAACCCCAUAGUAAUAAUAAUUCUAAUAUCAUUCAUCACAACCAUCUUAAUGAUCAAAUCUACACUAGAUGCUGAUGCUGAACCACAAUACCACCCGUUAGCAUAUUCAUUCCAAGAUUUAUCCACCAAAAUGGAUUCACCUUUCUUUUAUGGUUGUACUAAUACACAUGCAUACAUUAAUGAAAAUCCAACUUAUUACAAAAUGAACGCUACUUUUGUGAUGUUGACUCGUAACGAGGAAUUAAAUGACGUAUUAAAGACAAUCCGGUCCAUUGAAUCCCAUUUCAAUCAAUGGUUCCAUUACCCAUACGUUUUCUUGAAUGAUGAACCAUUCACACAAGAAUUCAUGGAUAAAAUAAGGUCAGUGACGACCACCAUGAAUGAUGAUGAGGUUUAUUUUGGACAAUUGAAUGAAUUGGAAUGGGAAUUCGCUCAAGAUGUUAGAGAAUCAGUGGAAUAUAUACAAUGGAUUGAUAGUCAAGGGGAUAGAGGUAUAUUGUAUGGGAAUAUGGAAUCUUAUCAUAAGAUGUGUAGGUUUUAUUCAGGGUUGUUUUAUAAACAUCCAUUAGUGAGACAAUUUGAAUGGUAUUGGAGGUUGGAACCUGAUGUAGAGUUUUUUUGUGAUUUGAGUUAUGAUCCAUUUUGGGAAAUGGAACGGACGAAGAAAUAUUAUGGAUUUACUGUUGUGAUACCGGAAUUGUAUUGGACUGUUCCUAAUUUAUUUAGAUUCGUCAAGAGUUUUGUUAAAGAGAGACAAAGUUAUGUUAAAUUUAAAUCGCUAUGGAAAUUAUUCGCAACAAACUAUCAUUAUAAGACUACAAAUGAGGACGAUCCUUACAACACGAAUUUAAACCGGUUUGUAAAUGAUGAUGACGAAUUACAUCAUGAAUUAUCUAGAGAUGUUGCCAUUGAGAAUUUAUUUACAACGCAUGAGAAUGAAACUAUACGGAAUAACAAUACACAUGCCGAUUCGCAUUUGGCUGUAGAAAAAUCAUGGAAAUCACUUAUAGAGAAAUCUAAAUCAAAAAUCCCUAUUAAAGAGGAUAAAUUUGAUGAUGAGGAAUACAAUCUUUGUCAUUUUUGGUCGAAUUUUGAAAUUGCCAAGAUUUCCAUUUUUGAUAAUGAAAUAUAUGAUGAAUUUUUCCAAUAUUUAGAAUCCACAGGUGGAUUUUGGAAGGAAAGAUGGGGUGAUGCACCAAUCCAUUCCUUAGGAUUAUCAUUAAUCUUGAACCUGAAUGAAGUUCAUUAUUUCAGAGAUAUUGGUUAUAGACAUUCACAAAUUUAUCACUGUCCUCGUAAUAGUUUUCAUAGUGAUAAUGAACGUUUCCCAUUUAUUGAAGGUGAUGAGAAAUAUAAGAGAAAUAAAAAGGCCAACACAUAUGAUCGAAGCUGGGAACAUGGAACAGGAUGUCGUUGUAAAUGUCCCAGAAGAUUACGAGAAAUUGAGGAUACAAUGCAUCAUUGUUUUGAAUUAUGGUUAGAAUUAACACAUAAUUUAGAUACGUAUGGUAGUGAUCGUGAAAAUAUUGAUGUUACUAAUAUUAAAGAUAAACUAAGGAAAGAUUUUCUUGAAAAGUUUAUCAAUGCAUAG